AUGCACCUUGUCGAUGCCGAAAUGACUGGAUGCGCUCCGAUAGCCGCUAAUAAACCUGCGAAAAAUUUAGAAGAAUGCAUGAUAUUUUGCCUGUCGCGUCCGGAAUGCAUUAUGGCACAGUACACGACGAAGUGCGAAAUUUGCAAGCAAAGGCCGACGGUCAUACGAAAAUCAAAGCCAGGCUCAGGGGUUUUUGUUGGUAUCAAGUUCGAUAUGGAAAUGAACGAAUGUUCGAAGGAGAGUGGAUUGAAAAUACCGAAUUCAGUAAGAGUUUCUCGUUCGAAAAUGAUUUGUGAAAAAACACAACCGCAGGGCACAAUUUACGGCAACACUUCGCUCGUCAAAUACACAAUAAUCGAUGAUGGAUCUGAUCAGAUGCAAGUCGAAUACCAAGAAAAAAAGCAUUGCGAUGACGGCUGGGCCGCUGUUCGACGACCCGGCGGAAUAUAUUGCCUCAACGUUUUCAGCGAUCCGAAUCCGGUUGAUGAAUACAUGGCAAGGACGUAUUGCCAGCAGAAGGGUGCAGUGCUGUCGGGUCUUCAGGACAAAAUGGAGUUCAACAUUGUUCAGAAGAAGGCCAAAAACGCGGCGUGGUUGUACACAUUUCUUCGCGACGAGUGCUUUUAUGACGACUUUGCGCCCAUUUGCAAACAAUUUCCGUUCAUCUGGAAGGACCCGAGUGUGACGGGCACCGAUGGCUUCAUAUUUCCUACGCCAUUCCCACCAAUUGGGAAAACGUACUAUUUGCCGACUAAAGAAUGCUGGCUCGUCGAUCCGAAUCUCGAUUAUCUCACAUCAAGAAAAUGCAAAUGCCUCGACGACUAUCUAGGCGGCACGUGCUCGUGGAAUAUCUAUUCUUAUGUUUGUUCGAAGCCAGGCGCAUAA